AUGCAGUAUAAGUCCGACACUGAGAAAAUCGGGGGUUGGCUGCCAGAGACAUUGAAGUGGUACGGUUAUGAUACCGAAAUUCUCAGCGAGGGACCCAGUGAAGGGCAGCGUCACGCCGCCAGCGCGCGAUUGAAAGGAAAAGCCCGGAAGAUCGCUCGAGAAGCAGCUAAGCAGGCAGCGCCUGGAGGUUACGGCGACCCUGCAGCGCAAUACAAGAUGAGAGUCUCCGACUUUGUUCCUAUGGCGCACCUCAUCGCCUCCUAUAACCUCUCAGUUCCAGCCAUUGUACGUCGACUCUUCUCGAGAGCAAUUACUGCCCGACGCAAGUGCGCAGACUGGUUCAGCCAGCAUUCCCAACAAGAAAAAGAUAGUAACAGCAAGCAUGUUUACUUCAUUGGCAUUCUUGAGAUCGAACGAGACGAGGAAGAGGUCAAAGCCGAGUUUCUGUUCGCCAUUCAAUGCUUUCUGGGCGGUCUACAAGAACUACGCCAGUAUCUCGGCCGAUCGUGGAAGAGCUACAAAGAAGGCCGCGGAAAAUUACUCAUUGCUUCGGUGACGACAUACACCGCCAUCGCUUUCGUGCGCUUAUCUGAGCUGGAAUUCGAUCACAGCAUCACGCGGCCAAAGGAAUGCCCAUUGUCGAAGUAUCCGACCUGGUGCUUGCCGUGUGUUCUGCUCUUCGAAAGUCUGGUCAACCGGGCAGAUCUCCCUAAAGAUGAGGUCAUUCUGCCUUCACAGUUCUAUGGUACACCCUCGAAACCUAUGAGGUUGGAAGAGAUUACAAUGUUCAAGGUUUACUCUCUCUUGAAGAACUACGUGCCUAAAAAGGAUUCACCGAGAGGAAAGUUCACCAUUACCGUAGGAUUUGCUUCGGUCCUCCGUGACGCUGGAGAAGAUCCCCGCAUUGUACGACUAGCGGAAUGCCUUCCUGAGAUCUGCAAGAUUGCUAGUGCUUCCCCAUGUAGAUUUGCCGAAGACGAGUUCAGCUACGGAAUGCGACAUCUCCUACUUAAUAAGGAAGUUCCGAUCUGGCUCACUUUUGCUGCCCAAAUGUUCGUCUACACCCAAGACAUUCUUGGGCCCGAAACACGCCAGCAUUUGGAUGACGUCAAAAAUACCGUUCGUCAAGCGCUAAAGUGGCACGAAGGGCAUACAGCCUACUUCGAACUAUUAGCUACUCACCAGAAGAACAAGUCCGAAAUGCGUAAAGAUUUGAACACCAUCAUGGCCCGGGGGGGGGGGGUUCGUGCCUACGUCUUGGAGGACAAGUUCAGUCUCGAGAGGGGCCCGCCUUGGGUUCUAGCAGACGAAGUCUUCUUAGGAUUAGAUCCAAGCACGGAACACUACUACCUCCGCUCCAACCCACUACGUUGUGGGCUCCUGAAAUACUACGCGCUCAUGCAACGCCACCACAAAGACCAUUACACGGCGAGCGAACAGAUGCACGUGAUGAGCAUGGCUCACCUGUAUGCUGCGUGCAGAAUCCUUCAUCCUCAGAGUCCAAAGUGGGCUGAUAUGGAGUUCCUCAUUGCCCGCCAGACUUCAGAACAUCUGUUCUUCGGCGGAUGGCCCCAGGCCUUGCAGGAUUCGGAAAACAAGUUCCUUUUGGUCAUUGGCAUGCCUUCGAACGGGACUGCGAGGGGUCGGCGCAGCGCCAGCGUCAAGCUCAACAAGAAAGUCCGUCGCUUCACCAAGGGCCAGAGCCUGUUCUUCGAAAUCCUCAACGAACGCGUCAGUGGCAUGUGGGACAAUGUAGAUUGCGAUACGGCAAAGCUUCGAGAAAUGUUCAGGGACGACCAGGUGUGGAAACAUAUUGCCACGCGAACUCACAGCCAGCACGAGCUGUCUGGGAAUAAGUGGCGAGAUACGCCUUCUCUUUCGGACUUCACCGCGUGCGUCUGGCUGCGGUGCGGGCUGUCCUACGGGGCGCCCGAUUUCUGCUUUGACUGGCUUUCCAUGCACCGGACUUGCGAAGGGAUUUUUCGGGCGUUUGGGGAGGCUCCAGCGGUUACUGGUAUCGACCCCUGGGGCCACUCGGGCGAGACCACUUUUGCCAUUUUGUCUCGGACAGGCCGAGCUAAGAACAAUACCUACGGGAAUGGCACCAAGAAUGUCAAGGAAGGCCGCUCAGCACCAGUCUUGAAUGUUGUUUCUGAUCUUAUACAAGAUGUCUGCAAGCGCGGAUAUGGGGACAAGGAGAUUCAUACGCUUCGUAGCUUCAGCUAUGGUGGACGCACGGACUAUGGACGUGACCUGUGGAAGUUGGAAACUCUUUCCCCACUCUAUGGUGGAGAUGACCUCGUACCGAAGGAUCUGUAUAGCAAGCCAGUUCCCGCCCACGAGACUACUAAUGGAGUAGAAUCUUCACAAUCCCAGCGAGUCGAGGAAGGCGGACUGGUUCAAGAAGAUCCGCGGUUAUCUGUAUCUGAGCCAGGAGGGCUCGCGGAGUCCCGCGUCUGCGAGGAACGCGUUUAAGCAAGACUAUGCGACGAAGCUUGGGUAUAGAUCAUACAGUAAGCUGAAUCUUCGUGACCGUGCUUGAACGAUUGAUAGCUGGGGUGGUCACUCCUGCUCGAAUGCAAGUUUCAUGAUUGUUCACUGUUCUGAGAUCGAGAUUAGAGUGGAAGGGGGCAUGAAUGGGUACCUGAAUAAGAAAUUACAGCACCCCUCUAAGUCUGCAAGAGUUCGUCAGAUGCAAUGCUGAGCUUCUAAAUCAAUUGAGUGCGCCGUUCAUUUUGCGCACCCUGAUAUACUUUUCAGACACCCU